ACAACGAAGAUCAUAGCUGAGCGGGGACGACCGUGCGAAUUUUGUAAAGAGAUUUCUAAACAGAUUGGCCACAGUGCCAAAGUCAUCACUGUGAGUAAACACAACAUUGUCCACAACGCAAUAACAACAACGAAAGUUCGCCGACGUUUCCUUGAACCUUCUCUUCCUAAAAUCCAAUUCCCUCGCUUUUCACUUUACUCCUCCUCUCUUUUUCUUUUUCAAAAAGGAAAAAAAAAAAGGAGAGAGAAAUUUUAUUCUCUUCUUUUUUGGGUGGAUAAAAAUCGAAUCACCUUUGAAGAGAAAGAGAAGUGUUUUUCGAGUUUGGGGUUGUGUUUUUUUGAGAAAUGCAAAGUUCAAAAUAAGCUAGGAGAAGUGGGAAAAGAAAGAGAGAGAGAGAAGUUUUGCUGUGUUAGUAGUUUCUGGGCAACCAAACAGGGCUGAGUUUGAAAAAAAAUGCAAAUGAAGUAUCUGGCGAGAGAGAAGAGAGGUUUAGAUUCGAGUUCUGGUGAUGAAGGGCCUGACAGGAAACGACCUGCUCUUGCUAGUGUGAUUGUUGAAGCACUGAAGGUGGAUAGUCUGCAGAAACUUUGCUCAUCAUUGGAGCCUAUUCUUCGGAGAGUUGUCAGUGAAGAAGUGGAACGUGCUUUAGCAAAGCUGGGCUCUGCCAAGCUUUCGGCUAAGUCUUCUCCUAAGUGGAUGGAAGGACCUGAUGGAAGAAAUUUGCAGCUGCACUUUAGAUCCAGGUUGUCCCUUCCUCUGUUUACAGGAGGGAAGGUCGAAGGGGAGCAAGGUACCGCUAUCCAUAUCGUCCUGGUCAACGCAAACACCGGUCAUGUCGUAACAUGCGGUCCCGAAUCCGUAGCCAAGCUUGAUGUCUUCGUGCUCGAGGGUGAUUUUAACAAUGAAGAUGAUGAUAACUGGACUGAAGAAGAAUUUGACAGUCAUAUCGUCAAGGAGCGUGAAGGGAAGAGGCCACUACUAACUGGAGAUCUGCAAGUAAUGCUCAAGGAUGGUGCAGGAACACUAGGGGAGUUGACAUUUACUGACAACUCGAGCUGGAUUAGGAGCAGGAAAUUCAGGCUGGGGCUAAAGGUUGCCCCUGGUUGUUGUGAUGGUAUCCGUAUUCGUGAAGCGAAAACAGAAGCCUUCACCGUUAAGGAUCACCGAGGAGAAUUAUAUAAGAAACACUAUCCACCUGCGUUACACGAUGAAGUGUGGAGAUUAGAGAAGAUUGGCAAAGAUGGGUCGUUUCACAAGCGGCUCAAUAAAGCUGGGAUCUUUACAGUUGAAGACUUUCUACGACUUGUGAUUAGGGACUCACAAAGGCUGAGAAAUAUUCUUGGAAGUGGAAUGUCUAAUAAGAUGUGGGAUGUUCUGGUGGAGCAUGCAAAAACUUGUGUUCUAAGUGGGAAACUUUAUGUUUAUUACCCUGAUGAUGUGAGAAGUGUUGGCAUAGUCUUUAACAGCAUCCACGAGUUGAGUGGCCUAAUUGCUAAUGGACAAUUUUAUGCAGCUGAUUCUCUUGCAGACAACCAGAAGGUUUACGUGGAUGCUUUGGUGAAGAAAGCAUAUGAAAAUUGGAUGCAUGUUAUAGAGUAUGAUAGUAAAUCUCUGCUAGGGUCUAAGGAAGAUGACAGUGCAGGUCCUUCACAAGCCAAUGUUCCAAUGGAUCCACAAGGUUAUCCAAUUUCAAUCAACCAGCAACACACUCUACCAACCCUGUCAGUCCCAGUUCCUUCUGAGCAGCCUCCUAUAGAUUCUAGUCUAAAUGUUGGAGGUUAUGAUGAUAGUAUGGCGGCAAGAAUGUCAAUGCAAUCACAAAAUGUGCAUCUUCAUGCUCAGAAUCAGUUCAGUGGCUCUUCAUUCACUCUACAAAAUCCUUUGGUCAGUGGUUCACACCAGGUCCAGGUUCCAGGACAUGACAAUGGCCCAGCUCUUGGUCCAUGUCAAUCGUCCAUGCCAGGUUUCCAUGAGGGCGGGACAUCACACAUUCCUACUUACAAGGGAAUCGAUGAUUUCUUCUCUGAGGAGGAGAUUAAAAUGAGAAGCAAUGAAAUGCUUGAUAAUGAAGACAUGCAGCAUUUGCUUCGUAUCUUUAACAUGGGAAGCCAUUGCCAUGCUACUCCUCCUCCUCCUCCCUUUAAUGCUAUUGAAGAUACUCAUCCGUAUCCCUCAACAUAUAUGCCCACCCCAUCCCUGGCUUACGGUUUCGAUAAUGAUGCUUCACGUUCAUCAGGCAAAGCCGUAGUGGGAUGGCUCAAGCUUAAGGCAGCUCUGAGAUGGGGCAUCUUCAUUAGGAAAAAGGCUGCUGAAAGACGAGCACACCUCAUCGAGUUAGAUGAUUCGUAGAUUAUAUCUAUAGCCUCCCAAGUCCAACCAGAGCAAGAAGGACUCAAAAGACAUUUAGGUUUGUUGGCAGGGUCUGGCUGCCAUCAAUGAACUAUUCCUGUUUGUACAUUUCUUGUCUGUACAGUAUGCUUCCAUCCUAAACUAGGAAGGUCACAAUCCGGGUGGAGGCUAGAAAUGUUAGCGGAUGUAACAGAUGCAUGUUACUAGUCUAAGACAUAUAGAUGACCAACAUCUAUUGUAUUAUGUUGAGGUCUAACGAAAUAAAAACAAAGUAAGGCAACGUUUAUUUGUGGUA